AUGAAUUUUUUUUUGAGAGCAGCGGGAGGAACCGAAUUGGGAUUUGGGUGCUAGGGUUUUCAGUGAAUCAGAGGUUUGGGUAAUUCCAUUGUGCGGCAGAACAACGGUGGCAGGUGAUGUUAGAAUCGGGGUUGAAAACAGUUGGAGGCAAAAGGAGAUGAGUAUAUAGUCGAGGGUUUCGUGGCGUUGAAAGAUGGAGGUGAGAGUUUUGACGAAGGUUCAGGUGAGGGAAGGGAUGAGGUCGAAGCUUCGCCGGAGUUGGCGAGGUCGACGGAAACAAGCGGCUCCGCCGCGGUUUUGGCAGGACAGAAGAGGAGGAAGGUUGAGUCAGUGGUGGUCAGGACUAUGGAAAAGCCGAUUGGCUUGUUUUACUGCCUUAAACUUGGAGAAGUUAGGAGAUGUUGCCAUUAAGCAUGUCACUCCUGGAUCGGGAUUUGUCAUUCAAUAAUCUCAGUGGUCCUGUACCCAUGUUUCCAGCAAGAACAUUCAAUUUUGUGGGAAACCCUUUGAUGUGCGGAAGCCAUGUCCAUUAAGGUUACUCUGGAUCAGUCACUCCUCUUCCUCUUUCAUUGUCCCUGAAUUCAUCCUCUGUUACUCGAAGCCCUUGACUGUAAACUUAUGCACGAAUCUGAUCUAUUGACUAUUCAGAGAACUAUAUCUGAGAUGGUUAUUGAUGCUUCAAAUGAUAUUAACUUGUUGCCUUCCCCCAAGGUAAGAGCUUAAUAUUUUCAUGUCAAAUGAUACUAGUUUUCCUGCGUGCCUAUAGUUUGUUGAUGUUAUUUAUAUAACAUGAAGUACGUGUACUACCCUUCUCAUUUUAAUGCCAGGCUUUUGCUAAUACUUCAUAUCAUCUAUAAUUUACAUGCACUUAUUGUUGUUGCCAUAAUGCCAUGUCUAUAUAUUAUCAUAUAGUUCUGGACUUGCUAUGAUGUGCAUAACUAUAUAAGAAGAUGAAGAUGAACUACACUUCUUACCGGGUGGUAUUUAAGUUAACAUCAAGAUUACUUGCAAUAACUUUCUCGAGGGAAAUUUGCUUCAAUAUUUUUAGUGAAAUAUGUUUUAUUGUCCUUUUAACAUUUUGUUGAUGCCAAGUUCUAGAAUGCAUAAUUUGGAUAGUUUUUUUUAGCAUCUUCAUGAACUCAGCUGACUCCCAGAGCUGAUUCCCUGUUCAGUUCAAAGCAGCAACAAAGUGGUUAAAUAUUUUAGUCGAUGCAGAUGCAGGAUAAUUAGCUGAUUGUCUAAGUCCUGAUGCUAUUGAGUGCCUUCUUAAUUUUCUCGAGGAGAUUGAUAACAGGAGAGACCUUGACGUCGCCAUCCAGGUUUUGGUUAGAGAGGAAGAUGUGAAUGCUUCUUGUUUGUGGUCAUGCAGCAUGCGGGAGAAAGUUGAUAGUGCAUUCAAAUGUAUAAAAAUGGCUAUUAACUAUUAAGUUUACAUUAUAGAUUGCUUUGUAGAGGCAUAUUUUUCAAUGUAAUAAACAAUUAUGUAAAAUUUUUUUAUUAAUAAGAUCUGAUGGUUCAUUUUUUUUAAUGUAA